AUAUUUUAAGAUAUUUAUUUUGACGCAAUAACACUGACAAACGGAAUAAUUAUUCAAAUAAACAUUGAUAUUUAUCAGACAAAUAGAUCAUAUCAAGACAUUGACAUAUAGGGAACUUACUGCGCUGUUUGUAAUAAAUUACAUAUUACUAAUUGUUAUUAUAUACAUGUACAAAAAAAUGUACUUGCCAUCUACAGCGCAAUAAAUUUCUUUGCUAAAUGUUCAAGUGGUCAAAUGGUGUCAGGCGAAAAUAUGACACACAUAUAAUCCGUGGGUCGGACAAAUUAGUCACUGUUAUUUUAUGGCUUAGAAGUAUACAUAUAGAAAUGACAGCUGUCCACUGGUUACUAUAUCUACUCUGGGUGACUAUUACAGUAACGUCCGGUGCACCUGCACUCAAGACGAACUCUACCGCUGGCCGUGGUAACGUGCCAUCCAAACCAAAUGUACCACCGAUUAUUAAACAAUGUUUCUAUGAAGGAAGAUGGUUUCCGGCGGGCACCAUUGUAAAUGCCGGGAGAACAGGGGAUUGGUGUUUUGGCUCUUACUGUGAUAUUGAUGGACUUAUCAAACACUGGGACGACUACAAUUGUCCCCCACCAGAUAAAAAUAAUCCCAAUCCGCCAUUUCCUGAUCUGAAGAAACUUCAGCAACAAAAGCAGACGACAACAACUACAACAACAACAACAACAACUCCACGCCCAACGAGGCCACCGACUAUAGCGCCACGAACAGCACCGGCUGGAUUCUGGUUCCCUACAACGACGCAGCCGUUUAAUUUUAAUUUCGAUCAGAUGGGUUGCUUCUACCGUGGAGAAUUUUACUGGGCCGGACAAGAUAUUGUGAACAGGCGUCGUGGUCGCAUGUGUAUGGGAACUUACUGUGAUUUCAACGGAGUUUUACGACAUUGGAGAGAUGACUGUAGAUAUACAUUACCACCCCCGACACGCCCACCUCCGACACGCCCAAGCCGAAGGCGCCCACAGUCUGGUCCCGUAGAAACCUAA